GCGUGGACCACGAGGUCAUCGAAGGGCACACCAUUGGCCAUACCUUCCACGGGGCGAGCAGCACAAGUGGGCGGGGAGGGAACGAUGAGCACUUGAAAUGCAUGGUUUGCAUGGAGGAGUUCCGGGACGGCGAAGCUUUGCGGAGCUUACCAUGCCUGCACCGGUACCACCAACGCUGCAUUGACCAAUGGCUCAGCCGCAACCCAGAGUGUCCGAUAUGCAAGCAGGACAUCACUGCACCGCAGAACAU